UCGACUGUUUACGAUAUUCACGUGUUCUGUCCUGUCGAUUUGUCAAUUGUUGUCGAUUGAUACGUGCUUGCAAAAAGCUUCUUACAGCGAUAAGCGAAUAAAUAGUGGCGAUUUUGUCGAUCGAAAAUGACGGCAGACAUUAACUCGCAAGAAUUAAAAACGAUUAUAAAUAAAAAGGACUGGGAUCAGUUACUGCAAUAUGUCAAACCGAAGUAUUUUGUUAGGGAGGGAUCAGAGGCGAUGCCUGAUGCAAGUAUCUUGGCACAGAUGUGUCAGUUACUCGUAAGCGAGGAUACCUCAGAUGAGAUUAAAAUCUUGUGCCUAAAAUGUGUGGGAAACUCUUGCAUUGAUAGUUACAAAUGUAAACGACAUACGAUAAAGAAUGUGGAAUCUGUUAAAUACAGCAAAAAUUUAUAUGACGAAUUAGUUGAAAGUGACUUGUGCAAGCAAGACUGCGACUGUGACUAUCCCCAUGAUUCUCAUUUUCCCUACGAUGGAGUGAUAGAAUGGGCUGUAGAUUACGUUACGACGCAUGGCAAUUUCAGAGAACGCUUGUUUGAGCCAAAGUUGGACAUCUUUAGGCUCAGCGUUCAAUUUUUAAGCAAUUUAUUAUUUAUGCAAGGUCGUUCGAAUGCAACAUUUGCAGACAACGAUACUCUGAGCUGUUUAAAUUGUAAUAAUUUGAAACGAGCCAUUUUGAGGUACACGCAAUAUGGUGAUUUCAUCACAGCCCUCGUAGUUGCCGAUGUGGCUUGCAAAUACGUGUACAAUGCGUUACAAACCAACUAUUUAACAAUGGAUGAGAAAGAUCUAUGUAAACUAUUACUGAAACCUUCCGAUAAUGAGAUUCCAGCUGCAAUUGAUGCGCUGUUUUUCCUGUUACGUCGACCGAAUGUAUUUGAAGAUGUGUAUAGUAGUAUGACUAUGAGCGACAAGAUAUUGUUACUUGAUAUUAUCCAUGAUUAUUACGUCUGGGAAUCUUGGGAAUCUAAUAAUACAGUGCUCAAAAAGGAAUCGGCUGAGUUUCUGGCGUUAACAUUUUGCAAGAAAAGCGAUCUUAUUUUGAAGACCGUGGACACAUAUGUGAAUAGCGUAGAUCCCACAGAAAUUAUCCUUAUUCUUCAAAUUCUGGGAUUUCUUACUAUACGAUGCGAGAUCUCAGAGAAUGUCAGGUGUUUGCUUAUUAACUGUAAAUACCUUUUGAUGUCCUUACAUAUGAUGGGAAAGGAAGCAGAUAAUUAUUUUACUCCGAUAACGCAGUUAAGUAAAUCGGCACCUCAUGCUCCAGGGAGGAGUGAGGCACGCGAGGCAUUACUGGGUGAUCCAGAACACCAUCCCGCAUAUGGCUUUAAAGCGGGAUUGAUACGAGUCAUUGCAAACGUAGUAUACAGAAACAAAAUGUGUCAAGAUCUGUUUCGUGAAAUAGAUGGAAUUCCAUUGCUUCUGGAUUGUACUAGCAUAGACGCGAGGAAUCCACUUAUCUCACAAUGGACCACUCUCGCUUUGAGAAAUUUGUGCGAAGACAAUCCUGAGAACCAGGAAAUUAUUAAAAAGUGUAAAAAAACGGGCGUGUCAGAUAAUCCUGAGUUGAAAGAGAUGGGAUUAACUCUGCACGAAGAUGCGGAUGGGAAAUCGAUUCGUAUCGCUCCUCUCCAACGCGAUUAGGAAGAUUUACCGUUUUCCAGAACGCGAGAUCGCUCCCGGCGAUCAAUCAGUUCGAUAAUUAUCAAACUAUUACUUGCUUGUAUCGAUAAUAUUCGCGAUAAGAUACAAUGAUUGGUUUAUCUUGGUAUGCAUAAAUAAUUAUUAUUCCAAUUAGUUCGACUGAAAUGUAUCCCCUGCUGUACCACUCGCUAGAAAAACGACAUCGCAAUUACAACGAUUUGUGUCAUUAGACGAAAUACGAUGUGGUACGGUAUAGAGAGAUAUUUUAUCUAUUACAUUCACAUGACCGAGUGAUUUAUGGUACAAUAAAAGCUGCUGUGAGAGAGUUCACGGUCUAUUAGUAAUUGCUAAUGUAAGUAUACAACUGCUAUCGCUGAUCGUUCAAUUGCGAUGCGAAAUGGAUUUUGUCUUUUCAAGUAAUGCUCUCUCGUCAAGAUUUCAUUAUAAAUGAUAAUAAUUUUUAAGCGGGUGCAAAUCAAUAAAUAAAUUUGCAUUAAACAAAUAAACGUCUGGGUUCACGUUUUUCCCCCCUCUCACUCGAAAUUGCUCAAGACGGAGACACGGGGAUUCCUGUUUAAGAAUUAUAGAACCUCCAAUUACGCUGUCAAGAGACGCCAGUGUUUUAAUAAAUAAUUUCUCUAUUAAUUAA